GUCAGACUACUCUUGUAUUUGUUGAGAGUUUCGCGCGCGGGUAACGGUUAUCUGAGCUAUGGAGACGGUUGGAAUUUGAGACGGUCGCGUGGGUAAAGAUGUCGUGAAGACGUCGAAGGACCAUGUGUCCCGCAGAAAAUAGCCAGGCGGGUUCAAACAGCUCGUAACCAGAACUGAGCGUUACGACGGCAGCCCUGCCGAAGACCUGACAACUUAACACGUAUCCUCUGCAGCUCUCGCUCUCUCUCUCUCUCUCUCUCUCGCUCUCUCUCUCUUUCUCUCUAUCUAUCUCUAUCUCUAUCUACCUCUUGGGGAUUACAUUAGAAUGGCGAAAAAACCAAAAAGUACCGUGACGUAUGCUAAAAUGAAGGGGAUAGUGUCAUACUUUGCUGCUUUAAUCAAAGAGAAAAAGAUCGGUUCAGCUACAUCAGACCUUCAACAGAAGCCUGAGAUCAGCCCAAUAUACCGUCAUAUGGGUUCGGAGUACUAUCCUAGACCAGAGGGCGGGGGUUCUGGAGCGAGCGGACCGGCUUCUCUGUGCUUCACCACCACAGAACAACAGCUGCAGAGUUCUCAGGCUUCAGCAGCUGAUUUUGACUACUUGAAGGUGAUUGGGACAGGCAGUUUUGGGAAGGUCUUUUUGGCCAGACACAAGAAGAAUGAAAGGUACUAUGCAGUCAAAGUUUUACAGAAGCACAUCAUCUUGAAGAAAGAAGCGGAAGCACUCGUCAUGUGUGAGCAUAAUGUGUUACUGAAGACUCUCAAUCAUCCAUUCUUGGUUAGACUUCACUUCAGCUUUCAGACCAAAGACAGACUCUAUCUAGCGCUGGACUAUGCUGGUGGGGGAGAGCUCUUUUACCAUCUACAGAGGGAGCGUGUGUUCAUGGAGCCCAGAGCCAGAUUUUAUGCUGCAGAGAUGGCCAGUGCUCUAGGAUACUUACAUUCCUUGCAUAUUGUUUACAGAGACCUGAAGCCAGAGAACAUCCUGCUAGAUUUUGCAGGGCAUGUCGUGCUAACUGACUUUGGCCUAUGUAAGGAGGGCAUGAGAGGGCAUGCAACCACUAGAACAUUCUGUGGGACCCCCCAGUACCUGGCCCCAGAGGUCCUUCGGCAGCAGGAGUACGAUAGGACGGUGGACUGGUGGGGGUUGGGUGCUGUGCUCCACGAAAUGCUCUAUGGCCUGCCACCUUUCUACAGUGCUGACCAUAUGGAGAUGCUAAGCAAUAUAUUAUUUCAACCCCUGGCCCUGAAGCCGGGGGUGUCCAAGGCAGGAAGAGACCUUCUCAAACGGCUGCUUAACAGAGACAGGGCUAAGAGGCUAGGCGCUAAAAAUGACGUGGCAGAGUUGCAGCGUCACUCAUUUUUCAGCUCAAUCCAAUGGGAUAAGCUUGUGGCAAAGAAAGUGCCACCCCCUUUUGUUCCCUCACUGUCCAGCCCUGAUGACCUGACAAACAUUAACCCUGCGUUCACAAAUCUUCCUGUGCCUGAGUCGUUGGGUGCAUGUGAAGAGGCUGAGAUGACCUUCUCUGACUUCAGCUGCAUAAGCAAGAACAUCCUGCCGGCAUUUGCACAGACCAGCACAGGCUGAGUCUGAAUAUACCGCCAACAUUUGCACAGACCAGCACAGGCUGAGUCUGAAUAUCCCGCCAGCACCUGCACAGACCAGCACAGGCUGAGCCGGUAUAUCCCGCCAGCACCUGCACAGACCAGCACAGGCUGAGUCUGAAUAUCCUGCCAGCACCUGCACAGACCAGCACAGGCUGAGUC